AUGUCUCGGAUAUUGAACCUGAUCAGCAGAAAGUUGCGCAGGGACUUUGCAGCCUGCAGGAGGAUCGAUGGACUCCCCGUCAGGACGAUCUGCUGCACUUCUAGAAAGCAAGGGGAACAAAGUGAUGCAUCUUCAGCUUUGAGGAAAAGGUGGAAAGACACUGCAGAAACCGUCAUCAUCGGAGGCGGAUGUGUGGGGGUCAGCCUGGCCUACCACCUGGCCAAAGGUGGCAUGAAGGAUGUGGUGCUGCUGGAGAAGUCUGAGCUGACAGCUGGAUCCACCUGGCACGCCGCUGGUUUGACGACGUAUUACCAUCCAGGCAUCAACCUCAAGAGAGUCCACUAUGACAGUAUUAAAUUAUACGAGACUCUGGAGGCCGAGACGGGACAGGCGGUGGGCCUCCACCAGCCCGGCAGCGUCCGUAUCGCCUCCACGCCGGCUCGGGUGGAUGAGAUGAGGUACCAGAUGACCCGGACACACUGGAACGUGACGGAGCAGUACCUCAUCGGACCGGAAAAAGUCAACGAGCUUUUCCCUCUGCUUAACAUUAACAAGGUGCUGGCGGGUCUGUACACUCCUGAAGACGGCCACAUCGACCCUUACUCUCUGACCAUGGCUCUGGCUGCCGGGGCUCGCAUGUACGGAGCUCAGAUCUACAAUCCGGCCCCGGUCACCGGCCUCAGCCCCACGGCCGACGGCAAGUGGGACGUCCAGACUCCUCACGGGACCAUCCGCGCCAACCGCAUCGUCAACACAGCAGGUUUCUGGGCCCGGGAGGUGGGCAAGCUGAUCGGGUUGGAACACCCCACCAUCCCGGUACACCAUCAGUACGUAGUGACGGCCACAGUCCCGGAGGUGAAGGCCCUGAAGCAGGAGCUGCCCGUCAUCCGGGACCUGGAGGGCUCCUACUACCUCCGCCAGGAGCGAGACGGCCUCCUCUUCGGUCCCUAUGAGAAGAUGGAGAAGAUGGUGCUGCAGGAUUCGUGGGUCAGAGACGGAGUGCCCCCAGGUUUCGGGAAGGAGCUGUUUGAGUCGGAUCUGGACAGGAUCAUGGAGCACGUCGAGAUGGCCAUGGAGAUGGUGCCGGUCCUGAAGACUGCCGACAUCAUAAACAUCGUGUCCGGCCCGAUCACCUACACCCCAGACCUGCUGCCCAUGGUCGGACCCCACCAUGGAGUUCCAAACUACUGGACCGCCAUCGGCUUUGGGUAUGGGAUCAUCCACGCUGGAGGUAUAGGUAAGUUCCUGGGCAACUGGAUCCUGAAUGGAGAGCCUCCCUAUGACUUGAUCGAGUGCGACCCAAACCGCUACGGAAAGUGGGCGGACGUGCCCUUCAUGUGCGCCAAAGCUCGAGAGUCCUACGGAUACAACAACGUGGUCGGUUACCCCAAGGAGGAGCGCUUCUCCGGCCGGCCGACCUACCGGACGAGUGGAGUCUACGAGCUGCUGAAGGACAAAGGGUCCAUGGGAUUUCACGCUGGCUGGGAACAACCACAUUGGUUCUACAAGUCUGGGGACGAGACUGGAUACAAACCCAGUUUUCGACGCACCAACUGGUUCGGGCCGGUGGGCAGAGAGUGCCAGCUGGUGAUGGAGAAGGUGGGAGUGAUCGACCUGACUCCUUUUGGAAAGUUUAUCGUGAAAGGAAAGGACUCGCUCAAGCUGCUGGAUCGCCUGUUUGCCAACACCAUGCCCAAGGUGGGUCUGACGAAUAUCAGCCACAUGCUGACGCCCAAUGGGAGAGUCUUCGCCGAGGUCACCAUCACCCAGCUGACACCGGGAGAGUUUCUGCUCAUCACCGGCUCGGGGUCGGAGCUGCAUGACCUCAGGUGGAUCGAAGCAGAGGUCGCAGAUGGCGGGUAUGAGGUCGAAAUCAGCAACGUGACAGACGACAUCGGCGUUCUGGGCAUCGCCGGACCGAACUCGCGCAAAGUUCUGCAGAAGCUGACGGACGAGGACAUGAGCGACGCUGGAUUCAAAUUCCUCCACUGCAAACAGAUCCAGCUGGCCGGCGUCCCUCUGAGGGCCAUCAGGAUCUCUUACACUGGCGAGCUGGGCUGGGAGCUGUACAUGGACCAGAAGAACAUGGCAACAGUGUACAAGGCCAUGAUGGAGGCAGGAAAAGACGAGGGCAUCGACAACUUUGGCACCUACGCCAUGGGCUCUCUGAGACUGGAGAAGGGCUUCAGAGGAUGGGGAGCAGAGAUGAACUGUGACACAAACCCUCUAGAGGCCGGAUUGGACUAUUUCAUUAAACUGAACAAGCCUGCAGACUUUAUUGGGAAAGCCGCUCUCCGGGAAAUCAAAGCGAAGGGUCUGAAGAGGAAGCUGUCCUACCUCACCCUGGACACGGACGACAUCGACCCUGAAGGCAACGAGACCAUCUGGUACAACGGCAAGGUGGUCGGCAACACGACAUCCGGCGCUUACAGCUACACCACCCAGCAGAGCCUGGCGUUCGCCUACCUGCCGCUGGAGCUGUGCUCCGUGGGCCAGAAGGUGGAGGUGGAGCUGCUGGGGAGGAAAUACCCCGCCAUGGUCACCCAGGAGCCCCUGGUGCUCACCGAGCCCACACGAACCCGCCUGCAGAAGAAGGCCAAGAGCAAGUCUUAAGCCUCCACCGUCGGUUUCUCAGCAGCUACCGGGGAGCGUUUCCCCUUCUUAGAAGCCACAGGGGGGAGGGGGAGCCAUGAGGUCCACCAAGCUGAACUGUGUCAGUUCAGGAAAAACAAACUGCUUUCUGUCUUCCUACAAAGAUGAAGUCAAAAAGAGACGAUGUGAACGCUAAACUCCGUAGAAUGAAGGUGUUUCUGAGCUGUUCUGUGUUAAUAUGGCACCACAAUGUCUUAACAGUGUUCACAGAUGAACUUACUUCUGUAAUUCCAUGAAUGGACGUUAAAGGUUUACAAGGUCGCUGCAUUUAUUUUUGUGACUAAUUCAUUGUAAUCACAGAAAUAUUUUAGAAAAUAAAAAUUGGUGCUGUAUUUUCCGUAGUUAACACUUCAAGACUGUGACAAAUGGAACAAACUCCGGUAACCAAAGAAAGCAAAGCCAGCAAGCAUGUACAAAGAUUAUUUUGUAAAUCAGUGUAUUUUUUAAAACUAAUGUUUACUUUAAUAUCGAGGUAAUUAAAGCUCUGCUCUCACUGCCUCCUUCUCU